AUGAAGGGCUUAGGCAACUUCUCCUCGCUGCCCUACCCAGACCUCUGGGAGCCUCCGCCGCUCGGCGGAGGGCGCGCGUCCUCCUCCUCGCGGCUGCGUGGACCCAGACCCCAGACCCAGCCGGCGCAGGGCUCCUGGGCUGGGACUCCGGACGAGGGGAGUGAGGUUGCCGCGGCCUUGUCACCCCCGCACUGCUCGCCCACCCUGCGGCCUCGCCGGCGCCAGUCACCCCACAACUCACUGCGGGAAAGCCAUUGCCUGAGAGAGAUGGCCCGGAAGCCCCCAGACCGCACCAGGAAGCGCGGGACCCGCAGCCGGCGCCUGGAAGAUGCCUGCGGGGAGCCAAGGACCCAGCCCCACCCUCUGGGGAGAAGUAGGUGCAGGCCAGCCUGGCCGCAGCAGCCCCAGCUGUCACCCCAACGGCCCCAGUCCUGCCAACACUACCCCCCAGCCCAGGGAGAUUCGCCCCCACCGUAUUCCACGGGUGCUUACACGCCCCCGAGUGGAACUUUCAGGGCAGAAAAGGGACAGAGUGGAGACCCAUGGGCAGUGCCGGUCUACAGAGGUCAAGAUUGCUGUUCCCUGUCCUCAGUCCCCACAGAGAAGUCGUCUGCGCCCUCUCAAGCGUUCGCUUGCGUGUCCACCCAGAGGAGGGACAGUAGUGAUGGCAUGGAGUUAUUAGCCGGCCAGUACUCCCAGCCCUCAGUCUCCAGAAAGGAGAGGCAGAGCCAGCGCACCCAGAUCCUCAAGAACAAGCUGGAAGAGGCGGUAACGUCUUCCAGGGACCAGAAGAUUGUGGCGCUGGUGCUCACCCGUCUCAAGAAGGCCCAGAGGAUGCGGGAGCUGCAGCAGCAGGCGGCUGCAGCCUGGGAGGAGCUGAAGCGCUCGGACCAGAAGGUCCAGAUGACACUGGAAAGGGAGCGCAAGCUGCUACUGCAGCAGAGCCGGGAGCAGUGGCUGCAGAAGGAGCAGCGCAAGACUCGCCUGAGCGGGGAGCAGCACGUUGGACGGAAACAGGACGGCCACGCCAAGAACAUGGUCCAGCAAGAGAACCAGUGGAAGGCGCAAUCAGAGGGCCCGGAGACCCAGCGCCAGGAGAAGCUGGAAAGGGCCCGCCCCGAGGCUGAUCACAGGAAGCAUUGCCAGGUCCAGCGCCAGCAAGAGCAGGAAGAGAAGGUGGUGCGGCACCAGCGGGAGCAGAGCAGCCUGGAGGUGCAGAAGAAGCCGGAGCAGGCCUGUGACAAGAAGCAGCUGCACCCCACCGGGGGCCAGAGGAAGGUCCAGGAAGCCAAUCUCAGCUCCCUAGUCAAUUACCAGGCCCGGAAGGUCCUCAUGGACUGCCAGGCCAAGGCUGAGGAACUCCUCAGGAAGCUGUCCCUGGAACAGAGUUCCCAGUGGUCCCAAGAGAUCCACCAGGGCCUGAUUCGGGAGCGUCACCGCGAGCUGAGGGAGAAGGCUCGGAUGGAGGAGGAGCAAUUCCAGCAAGUCAAGUGGUGUGCGGAGCAGCUGGCAGAGCAGAGGAAGGUGCACAAGCAGCUGUUGGUGGAGCUGGCGGACCAGCAGUUCCAGCAGGACAGGAGCAACGUCCACAAGAACCUCAGGGACCAGGAACAGCACAUGCAAGAGCUCAACAUCCUGCGGGAGAAGAACCAUCACAUCCUGAAGCUGAAAGCCGAGAAGGAGGAAAAGUGCCACGUGGAGGGCAUCAAGGAAGCCAUUAGGAAAAAGGAGCAGAUGGAAGAGCUCGCCCGAGAAAAAGAUGCCAACUUCGAGGAAUUCCAGAAGAUUUCCAGGGCCUCCAGGAGGGACAACGUGGGAGCCAACAGACUCUUUGCUCAGCUGGACCGGGAGGCCCAGCUCCGUGUGGGUCAGCAGAGAGGGGGCUACUGA